UGUGACUCGGCGGUGGCAGCGGGGAUCGAACACUUCCACUUGUCAGCUUCCUCCCCGACAGCCCGCAACACCACCAUGUCCAAGCUGGACCAGAUCCUCGUGCUCGACCCCCCUGUGGACCUCAAAUUCAAAGGUCCUUUCACAGAUGUAGUUACCACCAACCUCAAGCUGAAGAACCCCUCUGACAAAAGAGUGUGUUUCAAAGUGAAGACCACGGCCCCCCGCAGGUACUGUGUACGACCAAACAGUGGCGUCAUCGAUCCUGGAGCAACUGUCAACAUCUCGGUCAUGCUGCAGCCGUUUGACUAUGACCCCAACGAGAAAAGUAAACACAAAUUCAUGGUGCAGACCAUUUUUGCCCCAUCAGCUGUGUCUGACAUGGAUGCUUUGUGGAAAGAUGCAAAACCUGAUGAUCUCAUGGAUUCCAAGCUGAGAUGUGUCUUCGAGCUGCCUUCUGAAAAUGAUAAAGUGAAUGACGUGGAGGCGACCAAAGCGGCCCCGGUGAUGAACUCUGUGAAGGCCGAUCCAACAGCGGCCUCGGUGCCAGCUGCCGCCCCACAGGACGAUGCAGAGAUGAAGAAAGUGCAGGAGAAGUGCAAGAGGCUGCAGUCUGACAUGAACAAGCUGGUUGAGGAGAACCGGCAACUAAAGGACGAUGGUGUUAGAAUGAGAAAGGCCCCCCGCUCGGACCACAUGACAACAAACUCAACUAGCCUCCUCGGCCGAGAAGCCACCACCGCCUCCCUGCCCUCUCUCCUCGUCGUCAUAGCAGCCAUCUUCAUCGGAUUCUUCUUAGGGAAGUUCAUCUUGUAGACUGGGGGAUGCAUGCCAGCCGUAUCACCCGCCCCGGCUCCGGAAAAAUCAAAACAGGCCUGGAAAAACAAAGAAGUCUUUCUGUUGACUUUGCCAUAUCAUUGGUAGUGUGGCCUACAGUGAACACAUCUGUACAGCAUCAUCCGAAGGCGUCGCCUUUUUACAAUCUCACACGGUUAGUACACACGGAGAGUUGAGAAAAAAAAAAGAGGCGACAAAAAAGUGAUUGCUCCCCCUCCUCCCCCCCCCCCCUUUUUUUGGUUUUCUGUUUUUUUUUUGUUAUGGCUGGAUUACACAGGUAAAUGUGGCGGGACAAUGAAAGAUGUAUACUGUCAACGUGGAAGAUGCACCUAGAGUGAACCAUGGGCCAGAAAGAGGCAGUCAAAAGAUUCGGUUUUUUUCUUUUUAUCUAUCUCUCUCAUUCUCUCUCUAUCUCUCUCUUAUUCUCUCUCUCUCGCUCUCUGUUUUUAAUAGGAAUUGAAUGGAAUGUUAGGUGUCUUGUAAAUGUUGUUUUAAAUCCUUUUAAACAAAAAAAAGGAAAGAACUUCCAUCACAAUGACCUUGCUACCUGUUGCUGGAUUGCCUCCGAAGUAAAUUUGUUGAGUUUGUAAUUUCUACUUCUUGUCUUGGAAUGUUCAGGUCCAGCUGGGGAUAUAGGUGCCUCCUUCUAAUACAUCUCUGUCCUUUCCUUUUCCUCACAGCACCGAUGCAGACUUUAUAUUAUUAUUAAUAUUAUUAUUAUUAUACAAAGCAUAUAUUCCUUCUAAGGCAAAUAUUGACUGAAAUAAGGUCUCCAUUCUUAAAAUCCUGUACCAUGGUAUUAAGCAUUGAAGAAAUAAAAAUGAAAAAAUGUGGUUUUGA